CUGAACACAAUACAUGAAUGGCAAACGUUUUCAUUGAAUGUUCCAUUAUGUAUCUACAUGCCUGAUUAUUUGGACAAAUUAAAUGGAACAUCGAAAGAACUCAAAUGCAAAAUUCAAGUUACAAAAAACAAAAACAUUACCUGCCACUGAUCGUAGAUCAAUUCUGUCCAGAAAAUAUUUCGAUUUGUGGAAGAUAAUCAUUCAAUAUAGAAAGAGAAAUAAACACUUAGAAGAAAAGGAAAAGUUAUUUGAGGAAAAAAUUAUUUCUUUCAUGGCUCAAUUGAGGAUAAGUACACAAAAUAUGAUGUCCCUUCAUUCCUUCAGCUCGACUGAUAACUUGUUUGAAAAUUGUAAAUCUGAUACUCCCACUAAAAUGAAAACAGUAUGUACUGAAAUUUAUCAAAAUAGAUUUCAGGCUCAGAAAUCUAUUAUUGACAACCAAAAAGCACUUAUUGCUGAACAGAAUGAUAUUAUUAUCAAACUAAAAGAUAAUAUUUCUACGUCAGAUGAACAUCGUUUAACCAUUCAAUAUAGGGAAGAUUUUAAUAAUAUGGAUGAAUCAGCUAAAAAAACUAAAUUAUUGCCGAAACCUACUGAGCACCCGCUUGUAAAAAGAAUGAAGGAGAGAGAAGAAGGGAGGAAAAAUCGUUGGUCUUUACUAGCAUUGAAAAAGAAAGAAAAAGAAAAGUUCCUAGCCGAAAAGCUGAAAGAAGAAGAAGAAGAAAGAAAAAGUUUAGAAGAAAAAAAACGAAAACUUAGAAUUCAAGAAAAGAGGGAAAAAGAAAGAAUGAUAAAAGAAAUGGAAACAAAGAAGAUAAGGGAACAAGAAAUUUGCGCUAUGUUGAUUACGAAAACGAAUUCAUUUUACAAAACUUUAUUAUGCGCUAAAACAUUUCAUAUAUGGAGAAAUUAUUUGAAGUACUUGCAAUACAUACAAAGUAGAUGCUCUUAUAUAUAUGAUCUAUCCAUUCUUAAAAAAAGUAUGUUGGCUUGGAAACAAACAGUAAUUUCAAGGAAGGAUUUAUUACACGACCUUGCUUCCAGGUUAGAUGAGACCUACACUGUCAUGACUGGCUGGUAUCAAUGGAAACGGAAAAUGCAUGAAAUUAGGAGACGGAGAAGAGAAAUUACCAUUUGGUAUGACAAGGAAAUUACUAGAAAUACUUUUAAAAAAUGGUUGAACGCUACUUACAAGAGUGUCAACAACAAAGAAUUAUUACUCCAGUAUAUAGAAAACGCUUAUGACAGGAUAUUAUUGCUGAAAACAUUUGGUUUAUGGAAACAGCUUCCUCGGAUACUGUACUUUGAAAGAGAAAAAGAAAAAAGACUUAGGGAAUGGGAAAGCCGUGUCAAAUCAAUAUUGCCUGACUACAACAUGCAGUUAUUAUAGCAGCGGCUUGUCAAGUAUUAUGGCGGUCAGCAGUGAGCUCAUAUAUGAGAAAACUUUGAUCUUACUUAAGACUUCUACAAACAUUAUAUUUUGUAUUUGUAUAAAUUAAUAUGAUGAUAUUUAUAUGACAUUAGUGAAGAUGUACAAGAUUUAAUUAUUAUGAAUAUACCUAAUGUAUAUAACCAAAUUUCAAUAAAUAUAAUAUAACUAUAUUUUAUCUAA